UCUAGUGAAUGUCUAUUUGUAUAUAAGUGUAAUAAAAAGAAUAACAAAAACUGUAGAAGAAUCGAAGACGCGGGAAAUUACUGGAAAAAUUGAAUAGAUUAAAUUCGAAUAUAAAUUGACGAACGACAAAAACACUUUGAGUCUACAUGACCGAAUUUGCGGUUACUUCAAAUAUUUCAUAAUCACUUUGAGAUAUCUUUUCCAUAACUUAUUUACGUACGUGCGUGCGCGUUCAUACGAAUUAAAAAGAAAGUAAAAAACGAAAAAUGGCACGAUCGCUUACACGAGGAAGAAGCCGAAGAUAUGUAGUGAUCGCGAAUUAUGCAACCUUUACUAUUACGGCAAUAUUCGUUUUAAUUUCUGCGUGUGCGAAAAGCGCUCAAGUAAGUUUUCACACUUUUUCGUCAUUGCCGUCAUCGCUCGAUUCACCUUUAAAUGGGGAAGCAGAAUCAUCGCGAACAUCAUCAGAGCAACAGCAAUUUGCUGCGUUAGCCAUGCCCGAAAAUGCCUUAACUAACCAUAAUGGCGAUGAAAACAUAUUAUCAUCCACAAAAGAAUAUUAUUCCGCAUUACAAAACACACAAACUCAAAACGUUCGCGAAUCACAAGAACUGCGACAAGAUCAUCAUAAUCAUCAUCGCAAUCAUCAAAGUCAACAAUAUCAUCGGCAAGGUAAUCGAACUGGUCAGCAACGAAGUCAACAUCAUCGGAAAAAUUUGGAUUCCGAUUUGUGGCUGCAUCGUUAUUAUCAUCACAAUCACCACCACAAUAAUAAUAACAUUCCGCAAUUGGAAGAUAUCGUUAACAUUAAUCCGAUUCAAGGUACAAUUGUAUCCGCUCAAGUACCCAAACAUAAGUAUCGUAGCAAGUAUACAAUCGAAGAAUUAUUAAAUACAAAAUUUGAACGAAAAAUAUCUGAUGACAUCGACAUGGAUCCUUGUAAAGCUGGCGGUUUUAUGGGUGAUAUAGCAUUGCCCGAAACUACUUAUGAUGAUUACCCAAUAGUCGCACAUACUACAAUUGGGAAGGUUUUGGAUACAACGCCAUCUAGAGAAGCAAUCAUAAAAUUCAAUGACACAUUUCAAAAGGAAAUGGAAAUUUUAAAGCAAGAAGUUUAUCACGAGGGCUUGCAAGUGGAAGAGGAGGGCUUAACGGACAUCAUUCGAAGGAAGACUAAACUGCCCAGCAUAAAGCCUGAAUUAAAUACGGACUUUUUCUCUAAUGCCAAUGAAUUGGUAAAACCUUUUCAUCAUCAAUCGCGAGAAAAUUACAAUUAUAGGGAUAAAAAUCAUAAAAAUGAUGUAAUUAGUUUUGAAAAUUAUUCGAAUCAAAUUAAAAGAAAUCCUUCGGCAGUCAUUGAAGAACAUACCGCGACGGCCAAAGAAGAUGAUCGGCCAAUCGAUAAAGAAGCUUUAAAGAAAAUAUUUCACGCGCCUGAAAAGAAGUUUACAUUUGCAACGGAAACCACUUACAUCUAUCCUGGGGAGAAAGUGAAUAAAUCGCCUGUCGGUUUAAGUAAUCGCAAUGUCGAUCAACGUAAAAUACAAUCCAACACGAAGGACAUUGAAUUAGAUACAAAUAAUAAUUUUGUAUCGGAACGUAAAUUUGUCAUUUUACCAACGGCAUCGCCUACUCAAAGAACCACAUUACCGAACGUGUAUUCGAAUGCGGGUGGUAACGGUAUGAAAAUGGAUGAUAUUCAAGAAUUUAAGGGCAGUAGCACCAUAGUUCGAAGAAAGCACAGACGCAGACGUAAAAGUAGGCAUAGUUAUGAUACCAAUAAUAAUAAAUCGGAUUAUAAUGAAAAGUUGCAAAAGUUGAAAGAUGAAUUGAAUCCUCUUCCAAUACGAAGGCAUCCGUCAUCCGAUCAUCAACAGCGAGCGGCGAAAGAGAAUAAUCAUCAAAUCGUCGUCGACGUUCAAAGUAAUGAAGUCUUUGUUAAGCAUUUAUUGCAUGUCGAUAAUCAGUCAGAGCCUCUGAUUGCAUUUCCCAGCCGGGAUAAUGAUGAAUUUAGUUUCAUUAACGAGCGUCGUCGUUCGAUACGUGCUGUAACAGCCAAGAAGGAACGUAUUUGGGAUUACGGCGUAAUCCCAUACGAAAUUGAUGGCAAUUUUAGCGGACUACAUAAGGCUUUGUUUAAGCAAGCGAUGCGCCAUUGGGAAAAUUUUACUUGCAUUAAAUUUGUAGAAAGAGAUACUGAGUUACAUCCAAAUUACAUUGUCUUUACAAUACGAGGAUGCGGUUGUUGCUCAUUCGUUGGUAAACGUGGAAAUGGACCACAAGCCAUCUCAAUUGGUCGUAAUUGUGAUAAAUUUGGAAUUGUUGUUCACGAAUUAGGUCACGUAGUUGGCUUUUGGCAUGAACAUACUCGUCCUGAUCGCGAAAAACAUGUAAUCAUUGAUCAUAUUAAUAUAAUGAAGGGUCAGGAUUACAAUUUUAAUAAAUUGACUCCAGAUGAAGUCGACUCAUUAGGCAUGGCAUACGAUUACGAUUCGAUAAUGCAUUAUGCGCGCAAUACAUUCUCGAAAGGCACUUACUUGGACACUAUUUUGCCAAUCGAAAUCAAGGGCAAAAAACGUCCGGAAAUCGGUCAACGCUUGCGCUUAAGUAUGGGCGAUAUAGCACAAGCCAAUCUCUUGUAUAAAUGUCCGAAAUGUGGUCGAACCUUUCAAGAAAAUACCGGCCUCUUUGCCAGCCCCUCGUAUUAUACGGGUGGUGCGUUAACCAACGAGACCGAACAUUGCGAAUGGCGCAUUACAGCAACUCAUGGUGAACGAGUAAUUCUAAGAAUAGAAAAUUUGAAUAUUUUUAAAUCGGAACAUUGCCAAAGUGAUUAUUUAGAAAUCCGCGAUGGAUAUUAUCAUAAGUCGCCAUUAAUUGCCCGCUUUUGCGGCAAAGUUUCCAAUGAAGCAUUAACAACGGACACAAGUAGAAUGCUAUUGACUUACGUAAAUGCUCAUCGCACCAAUGGAUUUCGAGGAUUUAAAGCCGAAUUUGAGGUUAUAUGUGGUGGCGAAAUAACGAUAGACGAAAACGAAGGCCGUCUAGAAUCACCGAAUUAUCCGUUGGACUAUUUGCCUAAUAAAGAAUGCGUAUGGAAGAUUACAGCGCCCAAAGGAUAUCAGGUUGCGCUAAAAUUCCAAUCGUUCGAAGUUGAAAAUCAUGAUAGUUGCGUUUAUGAUUUUGUAGAGGUGCGAGAUGGUCCCACGCAGGAUUCACCAUUAAUCGGAGUGUUUUGCGGUUACAAACCACCACCUAAUAUGAAAUCGACUGGUGACGUUAUGUAUAUGAAGUUUGUCUCCGACACGUCCGUACAGAAACCGGGUUUCUCGGCGACAUUUAUGAAAGAAGUUGACGAAUGCGAAACGAAGAAUCAUGGUUGCGAACACGAAUGCAUUAAUACAUUGGGUGGUUAUGAGUGCAAUUGCCGCAUAGGUUUCGAAUUGCACAGUGAUAAAAAACACUGUGAAGAUGCGUGUGGCGGUGUAAUUGAGUAUCCCAAUGGUACAAUAACUUCACCCUCAUUUCCCGAUAAAUAUCCUCUGUUGAAGGACUGCAUUUGGGAGAUAAUCGCUCCCCCAAAACAUAAAAUAUCAUUGAAUUUCACGCAUUUCGACUUGGAAGGAGCCGCCCAUCAUCAAAGUGAUUGUGGUUACGAUAAGGUAACCAUAUAUUCGAAACUGAGUGAAAAUCGAUUAAAACGAAUUGGAACAUAUUGUGGCAGUUCAACGCCACCGGCCGCUACAUCAGAAGGUAAUGCUCUUCGCAUUGAAUUCCAUUCGGACAAAUCGAUACAAAGCACCGGAUUUGCGGCAGUAUUCUUCACCGAUGUGGACGAGUGUUCCGUAAAUAAUGGCGGUUGUCAGCAUGAGUGCCGUAAUACGAUAGGCUCUUACAUAUGCUCUUGCCACAAUGGUUAUUCGUUACAUGAAAACGGUCACGAUUGCAAGGAGGGCGAAUGCAAACAUGAAAUCUCUGCUCCAUUCGGCACGAUAUAUAGUCCUAACUAUCCCGAUUCGUAUCCUCCGAACGCUGAUUGCGUUUGGCAUUUUUUAACAACACCUGGCCACCGCAUUAAGCUUAUAUUCAAUGAAUUUAAAUUGGAAUCGCAUCAGGAGUGCGCUUAUGACAAUGUGGCUAUAUAUGAUGGUGAUUCGGAAAGCAGUUCGAUUUUAGGACGUUUUUGCGGCGAUAAAAUACCUUACCCGAUAUCCUCUUCAACAAAUCAACUUUACAUGGUUUUAAAAACUGAUAAAAAUAAGCAGCACAAUGGUUUCACGGCGGUUCAUUCUACUUCCUGUGGAGGUUAUUUGCGCGCCACCAGCCAAAUACAACAAUUCUAUUCGCAUGCACGCUACGGUAAUCAAAAUUAUGACAUAAAUAUGGAUUGCGAAUGGCUGAUUCAAGCACCAGUCAGCAGUAAUGUACAAUUAAUAUUUCUAACUUUCGAUUUGGAAACAAGUGAAAACUGCACGUACGAUUAUGUGCAAGUUUUUUCCGGUAUGGAAGACACAAGUGGUCCCAUGUACGGACAAUAUUGCACUAACACCUUACCUCAAGAUAUCAUUUCGAUAACAGACUCGUUGCUCGUGCGCUUUAAAACAGAUGGUUCGAUAACGAUGAAGGGCUUUUCAGCUUCAUAUGUUUCUGUAGAUCCAUUUGAAAUUAGUGAAGAAGAUCCUACAUCAUAUAGUUCCGAAAUGGUUACACCCUUUCCAGGUUCACUGAAAUCCAUUUAUAAAGAAGAAACGGAUCAUGAUACGGAUGACUACAAUGACUUUAACGAAAAUCAUUUAAUCGUGAACAAUCCAUUUUAUAUGAAUUUAAAGAGAUACAGAAGAGAGAACUGAAAAAUUUUCACGGAAAUAAUUCGCAACAAAGAGAGAUAACAGAAAGAAUAAGGAAGCAACUUACAUUGAUGACAAUAAAUAAUAACUUGUUUACACGUUUGCGUAUGUAAAUAUUUAUAUCUUCAUAAAAAAUGUAGAAAAAUUUCCAAACCUUUAUAUAUACUCUGUAUUUACAACAUAUCACUGCUUAAAAUCAAUUAAAAAAUAGAAAA